AUGAAUGGCUCAGAUGAUCGAGGAGUUACCGAUGUACCACCGUGCAGAGAUAAUGGUCUAAUGAUAAUGCAUUUAACAGAGGGUGAGUCCGAAAUUCAUAUUCACCUUCCCGCCUCCCCAUUGACGUGCACCAGAAAAGUCAAUCGUUCCAUUGAAAGAGGUUUAGGAAUCGGUGGACACUAUGAAAUAACAUCUUCCAAUGAUUCCGGUUAUCGCGACAAUGCAUUAACUGCACCGCCCGAAUCUGCGAUUCCCAUUAUGGUUAGAUUACUGCCGUUAAUUUCUUCACGCUCGGUUAAUCAGGAAUCGGAGGAUGGUUGA